AUCACAUCCACAGCAGAUGUCACUCUAAAUGCAUGCAUGUUGAACCUGUUGAAAGGCUUUGUGUGAAAUUCUCUUAUUCAGGAUUCCUUUUUAUUAUUUGAAAUCUGCCUGUGAUGACCAUGUUUGCAAGAAAACAUUAUAAGGUUCUCCAAGGCCUGAGAAAGAAGCCUGGAAGUGCUUUCAAUGUCAUCCUGUGGAUCCUCUUGGUGUUAUUGUUGCUGACUGUGUUGAAGCCUAAUGAAUUGAGCCUUUUUCCUACAGGGGUUUCAUCAUCAAGGGAUUUGAAGGUUUCCAGCAACUGUUCAGGUCCCUUCAUGGCUACAGACAGAAUGGAUCCUGAUCAAAGAUCUGUUUUGGUACCUGGGAUAGUGGCCUAUGGUCAACCAGAAACAGUGGUGCUAUUUCUGGCUCUCACAAUAGCAGCUGCUUUGUUGUGCAGAAUAGUCCUUGGAACUGUGGUACCAUGGUUGCCAAUACCAAUGACAGUGCCUCUGAUGGUUGCAGGACUGGCCUUUGGCUACUUAGCCACAAAGUUCCCCAAAGCUGACAUUGCACCUUAUCUCAAGGCUUGUGGACUGAGUUCCAGGUCCAUGAUGUACUUAUUGUUGCCUGGUCUCACUUUUGACUUGUGUUUCAAGGUGCCUUUGCACAUCUUCAGACAAUGCUCUUUCCAGAUAUUCUCCUUGUCCACCAUUGGACUGUUUCUGGAAAUGACCCUGACUGUGGCCUUCCUUCAGUUCACUGCUCCAAUCCAGCCAUUGGUCCCCAAUGACUUGUUUAUGUUUGGGACAGUUUCUGCUUUGUGCCUUUGUGCUUCAGACUCUCUGGCAGUGGUAGAAGUGGUCAACAAAGCCAUUUCAUACAGAGAUGAAGGCCUACCUGUCAUCUUGGAUGGUGAGACUAUGGUGAACAAUGCUAUAGCAGUGGCUUCAUAUCAGAUCAUCAGGUCCUGGGUGCUGACCAGCAAUUUCCCUUCAGCCAUUUCUUUGGCACUUUUCUGGUUUUGGGCAGCUUUGUGUGGAAUAGCGUGGGGGAGAAUCAUUUCAAACUUUCUUGCCAGAGUGCCACAAGACCCUAUAGUGGAGAUUCUAACAACUGUGUUUGCCACAUAUGCUUUGUACUAUGUUGUGGAUGAGUUUGUGACCUCAGCUGGAGUGUUGUCAGUCAUGUUCUUCGGGCUGAUACUCAACUGGGACCUUGAGGAGACUGCCCCAGAGAUCUCUGCUGCAAGAGAACUCUGGUGGUCUGUGUUUGCCUUUGUUGCAAAUGCCUGUGUCUUUGUCAUCAACGCUUGUGGCAUGGGGCAGACCAUUGCUGACCCUGGUGCUGAUAUUUGGUCUUAUUCUCACAUGGGAAUGAUUGUCAUGCUGGUGCUGAUGCUGCCAUUGAACCAAAUUGGCUACUGCAUGAGUUGGAAAGAUGGAGUGGUGAUUGUUCUUGGGUGGCUGAAGGGUGACAUGGCCUUGACAAUAGCUUACAUGAGUGUUCAAGAUGCUGACCUGAAACAAAGACUAGGGAAUUACAACAUUCAAUUGGCCUACUUUUGGACAGUUGUUGUAGCUUGGCUCACACAGUUUUUCAAUGGCUUUGUCAUGAAGUUUGUCCUCUCAUUUCUCAAGUAUGACCUCAAGACACAGUUCCAAAUUGAAGCCAUGAAUCUGGGAAUGAACACCUGGAAGCUGCAGCAAUCAGGAUUAGUGUCCAUGAAAGCAGCAAAGAUUAUAAACAUGAAGGCUUCCAAUGCUAUUUCAGAAGGUGGACCUUUGCUGACUUUUGAGGACUUCAAAGAUAUGAUACUUGGCAGAGUGCAGACACCAUUUGAGCUCUUCUCCACCACAGUGCAUGUGUUGCUGGUGAUGGGGUCUGUUGGUGAAUGCUGCAUCAGUGCUGCAGUGCAUUGGUCAAGUCUGGGAACUGGAUUGCCUCAGGCAUCAGACAUUUGUCACUGGCAAGGAAGGACUGCCUUGAUCACCAAACUGGACCUGGUUACCAAAAGCAUCCGCAUUGCACAAUUGAUAGGUCUUGUGGACUCUUUGAGUUUCAUACAAUUUUUCAAGCUUGCCACCAGGACUUCCUGCAGGGUUUUAUUGAGGAUCAUGAAUGAGGUUUUCAGCUCAAGAAUGUCCUUGGCUUAUGACAUUGGAAGGGGGAUCCUCAUGGCUGAAGAAGGGGUGUCCAAAAUAAUGGGGGACAUUGUUGAGGACCCCUUGAUUGCUGAACAGUUUCUACACCAUUGCAUCACUGUUCAAAAUCAGUGGCAAAAGAAACUGGUUCAGCUGAGGAGGGAGAAUCCUGGAGUGACCAGAGCUGUGAAAACCAAACAUGCCAUGAUGACAGUGCUCAAAAGCAUGGCCUCUAAACUACAUGACUUACAAGAAGAAGGAAUACUUUUUGAAAAGGAAUUUGUAGCCCUGGAGACAGAAAUCAAUGCUAAGCUGAGGCGUGUUAUCAAUAAAAUGCCCUCAUAUUUGGAGGAUGUGCAAGAUGAAACAAUCUUUGAUGGCCUUUCUUGGCUCCACCUGGUGUCCAAGUCAAAUGUCACAGACUUUGUGAAGGAGAAAGGGAUAAUCAAGACAUUUGAGCCUGAACAACCUGUUGCAUUUGCUGGGGAUCCAGCAACUGAUAUCUGGUUGAUUGUCAAUGGAGUGGUCAAAGUCAGGGGUCUUGUCAGGCAUGAAAAGAGGAUGACAGAUGGAGGAGGCCACUUCCCCAACACAGAGAGCUUCACAAGCACUGUCAUGGCCCCUGAAAAGUCCUUGACAUCAGACUUUUUGGGUGAAGGAUGUGUUAUUGGGAAGAUUGGGAUCCUCACUAGGCAGAAAAGAGUCACAGAUGUGGUGUGUGACACAGAGGUGGAGGCUUAUAAUCUGAAGAUCCAGGACAUAGAACAUGAAGUGGAUUAUGCCAUUCUGUGGCACACAGUUGCCAUGGAAGUUGGUGCUGCCUUGAUUGAAAGCCAUCCCGACUUUCGUGAACAGGUUGGACACACAAGAGGAGCAGAUCCAGUUCUCUUUGUAGUUGGUAAGUGUCCUGUUCCUGUGGCUGAACUUGGAGGAGCAUACACAUUGAUAAAGAUUCAGGACCAUCCAAAGUGGAAAUCUGACUUUGAUGAUGAUAAUCCUGCUGAAAAUGAAGAUAACAAAAAAGUUCCUGCAACUAUGCUAUGA